GCACAGCAACAGAGCGCAGCACUUUCUGCGACCCCAUGCAUUUUGCUUGAGAAAGGAGGAAAAAAACAACAGCAGCCUGCCGCAAGAAGCAUUCAUCGCCACGUGUAGAAGAGAAGCAGACAGGUGUUCCGAUACAUUGACAGAGGAAGAGACCUAUUUAGAGGGAGAGAGAGAGAGAGGUGAGAAGGAGGGAGGAGCAAGAGCAGGCCUUUUUUCACCGGCUACUGCUGCUGCUGCUGCUGCUGCUGUCAUACUGCCGUGGCAAUGCUGCAUCCCGGGGCGGGUGCCGGCAGAAGAGAGAGCCCGAGGCUGGAUGUCACACUCCGCGCUAAGUCUCCCGAAGGCGUCUGCGUGGAAUCUCACCGCGCCAGCUUUAUCAGCUUUUCAGGACAUUUUCAUGCCCGUUCUUGCUCCACAUCCGGCCCGUUCGGCGUUAGCUGGGAAACGACAGAGGAACUCCAUGCUGCUGCUGUUGCUGCCGGCGUGUGAUUUUCUCGUUAGCGCAGGCAACGUCAAGCUCGACACGGUUUUCUUGGCACCGCGGGAGAGCUUCAUGCGGGCAUCGUUGAACUCCUUGCAAACGAGAUCCUGGAUGACCUGUUGGAGGGGUCUUGCAAGGAGAUGGACUCCGUGGUCGUCGGCUUAGCUGCCGUUUCCGUUCGAGAGAGCGUGUCUUAAAGAGCAAACGUUCGGGAGAGGCACUGCUACUGCUGUCUCUUCUUCUUUUGUGCAUCUCCGGGAAGGAACAGAACUGUGUGUGCAUAGAUAGGUGGAGAGGAAGGGACUGGCGGUGAUAUGACUGACCUUCGCGGGCAGAGCAAGAGCCGUGCUGAGUGGAGGAGCGGGUUGACACUCUUCCUCCUCCCGCCAUCGCCGCACAGAGAGAGAGUCCUGGACAAGGGACUAGAUAGAUACAAGUAGGCGGGUGGAGUAAUCAGAUAGACCUGACCCCAAGUACGGUGGGCCUUAUGGAGACAAUGUAACACAUGAUAUAUAUACAUAGGUUCGCGAAGUCUUUCCUGUUUUACACGUAUGAUUAGCUCUGCUUUUGCUGUAGAUAUCAUUGUUCUCAAUUUCGUUUUGAUGCAUUACAAGUACUGUAGUAGCUCGUUUGUUGUCGUGCUUCCCUUUGUAGGAAUAGUGCAGUUUUCGGGGUGUCUUUCGUCCCAUGCGAGAUUUGUGUCGCGUCAGGUUGAGGUACUGAGGUACAGCGAUCGACGCUAAUCUUACCCAACGCGUGCAGGGCCAAUUCUCUCGGGGUAGAACGCUAAUGACCUGUUGCCGUUCUGCCAAUCGGGGUGCUGAAAGAAAGAGAGACGGAAAGACAGAUGAGAGUUUUUUUUCGUCUUGUCGCAUGGGUUCCGCCCCCCAAAUAAAGUAUUAGCGUGUUUGCUGGUCGACCCGAAGGUUAUUUUGGAUCUGCAGUGCCUCUUGAUCUACCCCAACGCGCGCUUGAGAAAUCGAUUGCAAACCGCCGU